AUGAGCAAUUUGACGAGAAAACCUCCGCCAGUCAUGGAAGAAGUGCUGUUUGGAGAUUUCUCCUUUGACAUUGAGGAGUAUAUGAAUAAAUCACCCAUAACCUCUAGAUUCAGAGAAGACAACCCCAACCUACAACCCACGAUUUCUAAUGAUUCUGUCGAUGACGGUGUUUCACAUAAUUACAACUCGUUGGAUCCGUCCAUCGUCACACCGCCAAGUCCUCCUAUGUCAUCUAGCAGUGCCAAUGUGGCUCUGCAACCGCCUUCUGAGUCCACCAAGCGUCACAUCCACCAGGUAUCGAUGGCCAGUUCCACCUCUAGUAUUGGAGGUGCUGGAUCACGGGACUCCGUGUUCUCCCGUAAUUCGGUGUACAUUCCCACCUUGAACACAAAAAACUCGUCCAACUCUUUGACCAGUUCUAACAUUGUUUCAGGCUCGGUGGCCGACUGUAAUGAUGGGAGAAUUUCCACGCCGUACUGGAAGUAUCACGUGUUGAAGUUCGGUAAGGAUUUAUACUUGACGACCAAUCCUGGCUUGAAACACAUGUACUGUCGGAACGGGCCAGGUUUCUAUGUGGAAAUCACCAAUGACUCUGUGGACGGGUUCACCAUGACCUUCAAGGAUGCAGAAACCCAGUCUGAUAAAUCCCGGCCUCCUAUCAUGGUGGUACAGAAGAAGCCUAAACAGGACGGAGGAUACUUCACCGCCACCUUGACCCGGUCGUCGACAUUAAAGAAGAAUAUGAUCAAGUACUGUCCUAGUAACGGUAAACCCAAUGGUAAUAGCCGGUAUAACGGAUUAUCGCUUCCUCAAGCGAUCCCUGAAAAGUACAUCCCUUAUGACAGAAUCUCUAAUUUGAAGAGCUUGGUCAACAGGGAAACCAACUUUAUGAACUACGAAGUAAGGGACUUCACCAAUAUGCGGUGGAAUAUCGGGUCUAUUCCCCGAGUUCGGAUCAGUAAAAUGAACAAAAUCAAAACUCGCUUGAACGAGCUGCAGCCAGAACAAUGGAAGUUUGUUGGGAAGAGGAACAUUUACUUCCACCAAAACUAUAUCGAGGGAGGUGAACAGUCAUUACCGUUUAAAACCAGCAACCCCCAGGACAUCUACUUGCAAAACCUGGAAAACAACAACUUCCCACCGGUGUUGUCGAUGUUCAGACCCCACAAGCAGAAUUUCUCUAGCAGAGUGAGAAACCUUAAUAAGAAGCUUAACAAGAAGAAGGGAGAUGCUCCUGAAUUCAAGUCCGAGAAGCUCAACACAAAGAUGGUCGAUAAUGACAUUUCAGAAGGACAACUCAGAAACUACUAUAUUGCAGGAGAUGGACUCUACUACAACAAGAGUCCUGAGGAUGACUUGCCCGAUGAGAACAAGUUGGGAUGGCUCACAAUCUAUGAGGACCGGCUUUUGCAAGAGCGGGGUAUGUUUGAUUUGGUUGUGGGACUAACUUUGGCUGUUGGGUACCAUAGUAAUUUGAGUAGGUAA